GAGGAUUGAGGUACCAGCAAAAUUGAAAAAACAUUGUGGGACGAAUGGAAGAAGUUGAUUAGUCCAGUGCGACGUUGGUCAAACCGUGUUAGGGCUGCGUAAUUUGACCACCGGUUGGUUCUUCGUUGCACCUCAUUUUAUUAUUCAACGGUUCUUCCUUUUCAGGCGCGGAGGGAGAGGAGCAGUUGUUGAAAGACUUUCCCAUCUGCAGAUUCUCAUCUUCGAUCUAGAGGUUCCAGAAGAAGAAGAAGAAGAAGAAAGAGUCUGCCACAAGUCUACUGCUUUAAUUUUCGCACGCUCGCUCGCUCGCUCUUUAAGAACAGGGUAAAUAGUUCCACGAUUUGCAGCAAAUCCCACCCCUUGUGCCCUUCCAAUCCUUCCUCAACUUGGCCGGAUUCCGAAUUCCACGUAGCUCUGUUUGCUCAGAAGAAUAUACUCCAGUUAUGAGCUCCAACGCUCCCUCAUCAAGCGCAGCCGUCCCCGGAUCUUCCGACAAUCCUGCAGCCAGAAGAACUUCCAAGCGACCAAAGUAUUCAAGGUUUACACAACAGGAACUUCCUGCUUGCAAGCCUAUAUUAACGCCAAAAUGGGUUAUCUCAGCUUUUCUGCUUGUCAGUGUUGUCUUCAUUCCCAUAGGAGUUGUUUCCCUGUUUGCCUCUCGGGAUGUUGUAGAGAUUGUUGAUCGUUAUGAAGCUGACUGCAUACCAAGCAAUUAUUCAAGGAAUGAAGUGCAGUUUAUACAAAGUUCUUUAGAUAAAACCUGCCUUAGGAAGAUUACGGUCACGAAGCAUAUGAAGCAGCCUAUUUAUGUUUAUUACCAACUUGACAAUUUCUAUCAAAAUCAUCGCAGGUAUGUUAAGAGCCGAAGUGAUCAACAACUAAAGGAUAAAGGCAGCAAGGAUAGAAUCAGUACUUGUGAGCCUGAAGAUUCCUCAAAUGGGGCUCCAAUAGUUCCCUGUGGCCUUAUUGCCUGGAGUUUGUUUAACGAUACAUACAGCUUUUCCCGCAACAAGCUGAACCUGACUGUAAACAAAAGUGAGAUAUCAUGGAAGAGUGACCGAGACCAUAAGUUUGGUAAAAAUGUUUUCCCAGAGAAUUUUCAGAAUGGGUCUCUGGUCGGGGGCGGGACUCUUGACACGAAGAAGCCUUUGAGUGACCAGGAGGACCUAAUUGUUUGGAUGCGAACUGCUGCUCUUCCAACCUUUAGGAAAUUAUAUGGGAGGAUAGAGGUGGAUCUUAAUGCAAAUGAUGUGAUUGAAGUCGUAUUGAAGAAUAAUUACAAUACUUAUAGUUUCAAUGGGAAGAAGAAGCUUGUGCUUUCUACGACUAGCUGGCUGGGUGGAAAAAAUGAUUUCCUAGGCAUUGCAUACCUCACAGUCGGUGGCCUGUGCUUCUUUUUGGCUAUGGUUUUCACACUCAUAUAUCUUGUUAAGCCAAGGCAACUUGGUGACCCAUCUUACCUAUCCUGGAAUCGUAAUCCAGGGGGACACUAGAAGACUUAUCUUCAUUAUGUGGCCAUACAGUGGUUAUGAUGUGAAAACAUAGAUGCCUUGAAAAUAUUGACUGUUGUUUAAAUUUGAUUUUUCGUUUUUGUUGAUUCUAAACACGGUAGAUAUUGUAAUGGAAUAUGGUUCGCACUUGAAAUGAUGUUCAUUAUUCUCUGUGACAGAGAUUGUAAUGCAUUAUGGUUUGCACUUAAACGAGGUUGAAUAUUCUGAGUAAUUUACGGGACAUAGACACAGUCACAUAGACAUUGGUAAGAUAUUCUCCUUCCGGAUAUGUGGAUCCGGAGACCGGAGGAUGAUCACCGGCUACCCUGACCUUGCGCACCGCUGUGACUUUCAUCCUAACCAUUGAUGAGCACCCUGUCAACUGACUCGUUUUUGACGUGCUCCUUCAAAAAACAUGCAUUCUAUGACAGUAGGAUCAUGCCACUUUGUGUGAUUAGGCAUGGAUCCAGUCCACUUUCGGGCCAGUUCGGUCCCAGACCAUCUGGUUAUUCUGGUCAUGGGGUGGGGUGAACCGAGAUUGGUGCUCUUGGCCGGUUCCAAACUGGCCUGUCCCAUUAUUUUUACGUAGUAAUUUUUUAUGAAAUGUUAUGAGUAUACGUAGUAAUUUUUUAUGAAAUGUUAUGAGUAAACAUGUGUGCAUUAUACUAUCCUCCGUCUCUUUUUAAUCGCAACAUGUUGAAUUUUACACUAUUCAUAUGUUCUACUUUGA